GUCCACUGUCAACACGAGGCAAUUUUGGUUGUUGGCGAGUGUUCAAGACUUACAUAACACGUGGGAACGUUUCUUUUGGUCUACAAGAAGGAAAAACUGAGAACUAAAGCCUCAGAGAUGUCAGUGGCAAACGGAAUUUCCUCUGGCAUUGACCAAGUUAAAAAUCUCUCUUUGAAUGGAGUUACUACAGAAGAAACAAGAAUUACUUCUUCAGCAAAAACAGGGACUUUCAAAGUGAAGGCUGGGAUGGCACAGAUGGCCAAAGGUGGAAUUGUGAUGGAUGUGGUGAAUGCAGAACAAGCAAGAAUUGCAGAGGAGGCUGGAGCAUGUGCUGUAAUGGCCUUGGAAAGAGUCCCAGCAGACAUACGAAAAGAUGGAGGAAUUGCUAGAAUGUCAGAUCCCAAGAUGAUCAAAGAAAUUAUGAGUACAGUAACAAUUCCUGUCAUGGCAAAGUGCAGAAUAGGUCAUUUUGCUGAAGCCCAGAUAUUAGAGGCAUUAGAAGUAGAUAUGAUUGAUGAAUCUGAAGUACUAACACCUGCGGAUGAGCACAAUCAUGUUGAUAAACAUGCUUUCAAGAUCCCUUUUGUGUGUGGUGCUAGAGAUCUUGGUGAAGCUUUAAGGAGAAUUUCAGAAGGAGCUGCGAUGAUAAGAACGAAAGGAGAAGCAGGCACAGGUGAUGUUUGUGAAGCAGUGCGCCACGCCCGGACAAUCAGAAACGAAAUACGACGUGCAAAAUCCAUGGACACCUCGGAGCUUUAUUCUUAUGCCAAAGAAUUAAGAGUUCCAAUCGAUUUACUGAAAAAAACUGUUGAACUAGGGCGACUGCCUGUUGUUAAUUUUGCAGCUGGUGGUAUUGCAACCCCAGCUGAUGUUUCACUCUUGAUGCAACUUGGUGUUGAUGGCGUAUUCGUUGGUUCGGGUAUUUUCAAAAGUGGCAAUCCGUCCAAAAGAGCUCUUGCUAUGGCUCAGGCUGUAACACAUUAUAAUGACGCUAAGAAGCUGGCAGAGCUGAGUGAAGAUCUCGGAGAGGCCAUGUCAGGGCCUAAUUACAAAACAGACAUGUACAAGCACAAGUACAAUUGAACCAGACAAUUAGCAAAGUACCUCCCUUUUCCUACGAGUUGAAGGAUAUAUAUUUAUUUUUAGGAUUCUAGUGCUUUUCGAAUGUAGUGAGUAUUGUAUUAAUUUUGGAAUGUGGGUAUCUAUAGACGGACUGUAGUCAUAAUUUUGUUCAAGCUAAGCUGGUACGAAGAUCAAUAGGUAAUUAAGGGAAUGGUAAUGAAAUUGAUUUUUCGGUGCAGUUUGUAGAAA